GUUCCGUCAUUUAAUAUCCGUGCUCCCCGACUUCAUACCAUUCACCGCCAAAAACUCAAGAGCGUAUAUUAGUUAGUCAAGUCAAUAGCUGUAUCCUCUCCUCAUUAUGCCGACCAAAAAACCUACAUUCCUCCCUGCCUUCACAGAAACCCCCAUAAUCAACGCAGAGAGUAGGCUACUCCAGCUACGAGAAAUGCUUUUGGACGAGUCACUUGCGUUCCAGCACAAGAAUAUCUCAUUCCUCAUACAGUUAUAUGAGAGUGGCCAACUACCUCCGGCUCCAGGACAGGACGUUUGGAUUAUGGACGGGAAAAUUAUUGAUGGUCCAACUUGCGCCUGAAGAGUUCCCGAAAGGUGCGGUACUUUGGGUCGAGGGAAUGGCUUUUCAGUUUAUGCAGACGGCUCAAACACCACUGGCUGUAGCUGUGCAAAUGGGACAAUCGGCGUCCUACGGGCUUGAUCUUUGCAAGGUCCCGACUCAGAGGAACCCUCGGUGGUACCGGAAUCACCCUCGUCGGUUCUAUUGCGAACGACACCGCUCGAAUACGCGGACCAUUUCCUCAUCGGAUUUGACCCAGCCGAACUAUAAUCCACCCACCUAUCAGGGUCAUCUCGGUUUCUUGCCUGUGUCGACGGCCAACGGUAUCGUCUUUGGGGAGCAAAUUUUGAUAGAAAUGCAAAUAAUGCGGGCGGAUGGCAGGAUCGUUUCACCUUGGUUUGUAGAAUACGCUGCGGUUACGACCUGGAGUUAUGCAAUUUCGGCUGUCCGGGAAUGGAAUGCGGAACCAUCUAUUAUUCGCGACUACUUCGGGGAAUACUGCCCUUUUCGUUGUACAGAAGAAAAAUGGCAUUGACGAGUUUUAGGCACCCCAGAACUAAAAUAGCCUACAGAAAUGAGACUACGUAAUUAGCAGGCAUUAGAGGGGCCUGGGUACUUCGAUACAUGACUCUCGACUCUCAGACUCUGUGGGAUUCCGUCAAAAACGGCGUCUCAAACCGCUCUUUUCGGCGGCAAUUUCGCAGGUCCUCAGAUUCUAGCUGUAAUAUCGCUGAAAGCUUUC